AUGGGCUCCCUCCUCCGGGAAUCCGGCUUGCUUCUCCUCUUCUUACUUUGUGCGAUGGGCAGCACCACCAGGAGCAGCAUGGACACUGUCUUAUCCAACACAGGUCCAGAUGUCAACAACACAGACCGUUUAGUGAAAAUCAAAAACACAGAAAUAACAACAGUAACCCCUGGACGACCAACCACCUCAGAGAGAAUCUUUGGGACCACUCGACUCUAUGAGACUUCAGCUGUCACCCACACUCCCUUGAAAUCCAAAACAUCUCUAGCUUUUGAGACCUUGGCACUAGCCAGAACUGCCUACAAAGCGGAGACUAAGAUAGCCAAGUCCUUUUCCCCAGUGGAGACACUGAUGAUAACGGAUGCCCUGGAUGAAACAGAGACCACAACCCUACUGGAGAGCACCAACCCCACCAUUCCCUCUGUUACAAUUGUCUCACAAUCAGGGACAGCCAUAGGCAAGACUCACAGCCAACCUAAAACCUUGACAAUGGCCUCUUCUACUACAGGAGCAGAGAUGGCCACAAUGGAAUCUCUCGCAAAAGCUGAAGCUUGGCCUAGGAUGAGAAUCUUCCAAAAAGUAGUCUGGAAAUCACUAAUGGAGCCACCCCUGCUUCCUCUUCCAACCCACCGAAGUCAUGGAAAACAUGGACAUCACUCCAGAGGACACUAUGACUCCUUACAGUCUGUGACAGGUGACCCCUGGGCUUCCCCUUUGAACAGUAGCAUCCCAGAAAACUAUGAAACCAGCACCAAGACCCCCACUUUCACUGAGGCCAUGACCACAACAGAUACUUUCACAGAAUCAGAGAUCUCAAACUCUUUUAGGACCAUUGUCCUUGAGGAGACCUCUGGAAUAACGAUACCCCAAGGAACAGAGACUGUCAUCAUAGAAGAAAUAAUACCCUUUACACUCGUGGCUGAGUUCACUGAGAUAGCAGAUAUAGCCAGCAACACCAGAGAAAGAGAAGGGACCCCGGUCAAGACCACAACCCUCCUUGAGACUUUGACUACAGUCAGUCCCUUUACAGAAGCCACCAUGCUGACAAGCAAUCUCAUUGAUACCUUCCCUCCAACUGAUAGCACCCCAGAAAUAAAGACAGUUACUGGUGUAACCCUGCCCAUGGUCUAUACCAACUCAGAAGCAGAGACUACAACCCCUGAGAAAGAUACCUCUGCUGAGACUUUGGGUGUAGCUGGCAAUAACUUGGAGCCAAAGACCAUAGGUGAGGAAACAACCUUAACUGGUGACAUCACAGAAAAAAUCGGGAUUAGAGCUAAGACCACCGUUCUCCCUGUCUCAAAGACGAUCGACAGCUCUACAGAAGAAGGGAUCUCAACCUUCUUAAAGACUAAUUUCUUUUCUGAGACAUCAGCUUCAUCUUCCUCAGCUGAAGAAGAGUCGAACGCAGCUGUUGAGACAUUGACAACAACCAACACAAUCACCAUGGCAUUAUCAACCACAGCUGAAACUCCUACUGCAGUUGAGACUUUUGAUACCACAGGUAAAAAUGUAGAAACAGCCAAAAUGGCAACGGACACCUUGAGUACGAUUUACAUUCCUACCACAGAAGAAGCUACAGCUCCAAUUGAGACAGCUGUCUUCACUGAGGUCCCAAGUGCAGUUACGAUCUCCACAGAGGACAGGUCAACAGUAGCCAAAUUCACCACCCCCGCUGAGUUUUCACACAAAGUCUAUACCACCACAGAAGGGACAACAGCCCCAGGAAUAAAUUCCUCCCAAGACAAGACUUUAACCUCAAGCCAGAUCCCAGCAACAGUCUCAAUAGGAAAGCAUACUGCCACUGCCCUGGUGAAUCAAAACACCAAAGCUGACUCCAGUCACGAUGGAGGCUUUCUCCUCCUACGGCUGGUUGUGUCCUCCUCCCUGGACCUCACCGAUCAUAAGGUGGCAAAGGAGUUCCUGCAUAAGCUUCAUCAGGAUCUGCAGGUGCAGGUCCCCUACACCCAAAUCUCCUUGGUGAAGGUCACCAGGGUGUGAGGAGUUGUUAGCAGCAUCCUGGAGAGUGACUUCAGUAAAGAGAAAAUAAUGCUGCUGAUAAUCUAUAUCUCCACAAGCAGGACCGCAGGCCACAUUUUUGUGCAAAGGUGUUCCUGGAAGGUCCCAAAAGA